GGCUGCUGCGGGGGAAGGUGUUCAGAUCAUUUAUACCUCCAGUUGCAGAAUCUUCCAGUGAUAUCUGUGGCUUACCUCAGACUAGUGCUUCUGUCUAUGAUGAAAUAGUUAUCUGUCAGUUGGAAGGAGGUACUCAAAUACUCUGUAUAAACAGUUGUGGCACACAAGGACUAAAACCAGUUCAUCUAAUUCCUGAGUAUCAUGACCAACAUAAUUAUCUUCAAUCAGAUGUGGACAACCCUGUGACAGGUGUACUGGGGCAGGUUUUGCCUGUUCCAGGUGAACUGGUUCUGAAUGAACAAGAGUUUGAAAAUGGACCCUUACAACCAGUAGCUAGCUCUGCCACAUUCCAUCUAGAACCAAAUCUGCACGAGUCAGUGAAAAUGACCUCAGAGGGCCUAUCUUUUGGUUCAGGGGUUACAAAGUAUAAGAAACCAUGUAACUGCACAAAAUCUCAGUGUCUUAAAUUAUAUUGUGAUUGUUUUGCCAAUGGUGAUUUUUGCAACAACUGUAACUGCAAUAAUUGUUACAACAAUCAACUUCAUGAAACUGAGCGAUUUAAAGCCAUUAAGGCCUGUCUUGAUAGAAACCCAGAAGCUUUCUUACCAAAGAUUGGGAAAAGAAAACUAGGAGAAAUUAAACCUCACCAUAACAAAGGAUGUAAUUGCAAGCGCUCGGGAUGCCUCAAGAAUUAUUGUGAGUGCUUUGAGGCUAAAAUUAUGUGUUCCUCUAUUUGCAAAUGCAUUGGUUGCAAAAAUUAUGAAGAACGUCCAGAUGAAAAAAACCAGUUCAAUGUGCUAAACUACAUGGACAUUGGAAAUGAUGAAGGAAAUAGCCCAGUUUUAACAUCAACGUUUGAAGAGUUACCAAAAUUGAAGACAGCCAGGCAACCAGCUGUAUGUAUAUCUUGGGAAGAAGUGGAAGCAGUAUGUGCUUGUCUCCUGAUGCAAGCUGAAGAGGCAGAAAAAAGAGGUUACUCUGUUUGUCUAGCUGAGCGGAUGAUCAUGGAGGAAUUUGGGAGAUGUUUAUCUCAGAUCCUACAUGCAUAAUUAAAAUCUAAGGGACUGAAAGUUGAAUAAUGUUCAAUGUAUUAUAAAGCAAAUAAGUAUUAAUGUUUAUAUGUUGCCAUAGUCUCAACAAUUUCGGUACUUAAUGAUCUUACUUUGAUCUUUCAUAGGAAUAAUUUCAUUGACUUCAGUUGAAUUCUUUCUGAAUUAUGCUGGUGUAAGUGAAACCAGCACCCCAUCCAGCGUUUUUCUGAGUAACUUAAUACUGUAGAAAGCUUAUUACAUUUUGUACUAAAACAGAUUUUCUCUGUAGUUAGGGCUUUCUGAGCCCAUUCUUCAGUCUUUACCUAGACUCUUAUUAAAAGCAAGUUUAACUUAAAAUUACUUUAUUGGAUGUUUAUGUGAGUGGAGAUGCAGUAAAAACUGAGUAAGCAUUUGCUAUCUUAGUUUGGUUAUUUUAUGAAUUGUGAAAAAAUUCCAUUUCCAGUGGUAGUAGGCAAAUCUACUAAGUUUAGCUUCGGGUCUUCUCUGUUUUGGCAACUUACUUCUGCUGUCUGUAGAUGUGCUAUUUUUGGAAAACAGCGCAAUGUUGUCAGUAGGUUUGGUAUUUACUUUUGGAAAAAAAACCCAUGCUAGACUUUGUUCAACAUUAGAUUUGUUAGACAGAUUAGCCUCAUAAAGAGUAGGAGGAAGAUGACCUCCUUUUUACUCCUAUUAUAAAGUACAAUAGUUUAUGAUGGGAAAAUCUUUUAUGUACAUAGCAUUUGGGAUUGAAAUUUGUGGAAUCCUACAUUUGCAAUCCAGUUUCCCUUAAAGCUUGGAAUAGCUUUUAUUUAAUUACUCAUUUUUCUUAUUCUCUGUGACAUUUCUUCCUCUUCUCAUUCUUACUGUUGGGAUAAUAGUAGAUUUUAUCUUCUCUAACAGGAGUAAGAUAUUUGCUGCUGUGUUUCUGGAAAA